AUUAUCUUCUAAUCCAAAAAAGAUAUCUCUUGAAUCUUCUGGUGUCGUCGUCUCGUGCCCUCCAAAUGAAAUGAGGAGAUUAAUAAGGUCAAAUCCCUGGACAAUCAAUCCGUGGGAAGGAUUUUCGAACAAUAUGAGUAGAGUAGAGUAGUGCCAAACAUCACUCGCUCGUCAGUAUUCGCAUAUUCCCUACCUAAUUCGUGGAUGCCUCUGCCUCUGAUCGAAAACAUUAUGAACUCAUCAGAAGUCAGAAGGCAAAAAACAGUCUCGAAUCGAAUCCCCCAAUCUGUGCUUUCCACAUAGCUAUCUAUCUACCUCUCUCUCUCUCUCUCUCAGAUUCAGUGCUCUCGUAAUAUGCCUCCCUGUUCUUGGUUGUUUCUCUUAUUGGAAUUGGUUUUGCUGCUAUCGGGCGGAAACUUCUUAUUACUUGCCUGCUGCUGCUGCUGCUGAGUUGCUGCUAUUUUCAUGGACUCUUUCCUCGUGAUAAGUUCCAGGUUCAGGGGGUUCAGUUUGAUUAGUUUUUCCAACACUAGCCUCUUCAACUUCAGAUGUUCAACAAGGCUCAGGAAAAAAUCUUCAGUCGCUGUCAAAUGCUCCAUUACGCCAAACCCUAAUUCAAAUUGGGGCAACUACCGCUUUCCGAUCAAACCCAUCUCAUCUCUAAUUCCAUUUCUGAAGAAAGUAAGAGACUUCGCUGUGAAAUCCUCGAAGCAAAAGUGGGUCUCCGUUUUCCAGGUGCAGGAAACUGAAUUCCUGCAGAAUGGUGCGUUUGGGACGGCGCUGAUGAGCGUGACGGCAACGGCCAAGGUUAAAAUAAGCCCCUUCGUGGCUACCUUAGCCGCUAAUCCGACAUUUGUAUCGGGUUUGUGCGCUUGGUUUGUGGCUCAAUCGAUGAAGGUUUUCUUGACCUUUUUCGUGGAGAAGAGAUGGGAUUGUCGGAUUAUGUUUGCUUCGGGUGGAAUGCCUUCUUCACAUUCUGCAUUGUGCACUGCAUUGACUACCUCUGUUGCUAUCUGCCAUGGCGUGGCUGAUUCUUUGUUCCCAGUUUGUUUGGGGUUUAGUUUGAUCGUCAUGUAUGAUGCUAUCGGCGUUCGCCGCCAUGCUGGAAUGCAGGCAGAGGUUCUAAAUGUGAUUGUGGAGGACUUGUUCCAAGGGCACCCGCUGAGCCAACGCAAGCUGAAGGAACUCCUCGGCCACACUCCAUCCCAAGUCUUUGCGGGCGCUCUGCUGGGCAUCCUCGUAGCGUGGGCAUGCUGCCAUGCCUGCCUAUAUCUGCUAUAAUUAUGACUACGAUAUAAAUCAGCGAAUAAUCUUCGUUAUUUGUUGAUGAAUAUAUAUAUAUAUAUAUAUAUGUAGACAGAGUUGUUGGGUUGGGAGUGAUUAUGUUUGUUGUGUAAGCAUCUCACAUCACAUUUUGUAUCACUAACUGCUUAUAGUCAAUCAAUGGAUAUCUAUCCAUCUUCCUCCUU